AGCAUCCAUGCAGCAUUGUUCUUUUAAGAAUAACUUCUCAACGAAGAUGGAUGAAUGCGAUUUGUGUAGAUCGGCAUUGAAUUGCUCUGGAAAGAGAUCACGCUGUUCUUACUGUAAAAAGGUGCUAUGUGAAAGCUGCAGUGAAUUGAAAUCGAAACUACUUUUCAUGACAAAUUCAUAUGGAGACACUUGCUUAUGCAUUCUUCUACAGGAGCUGGUGGGACCAGAGGUAUCUGACACCCAAAAGAGUAAACUCAGUACUGCCGAAAAAUCACCCCGUUCAGAAAACUCGAAAAGCAUGAAAGAUCUGGCGGACAUUGAAAGAAAGAAAUCGUCUGGGAAUGAGUCUUGCCAAAAUCUACCAUCUCAAGAAAGUAUCCUACAUUUCAACAAAAGUGGAUCUCAUCAUGAAAUUAGUAACCUUGAUACAAUUGUUAGAAAAGGGUCUGAAAAAAAGGUUGACAAUGAAUCAAGUAAACAAAAAGAGCCUUUAAGGGAAGAAAGAAAAGAAAAUUUAAUUGAAGAGAGUGGAAGCAAAUCAAGAAAUAUCGAAGCAGAUAACAAAGACGAAAUUGAUUCUCCCGAACUUUUAAAAGAGACAACAAAACCCUCACAAGAGAACAUCCCAGAUAAAAAGUCAAAUCAAAUACUUAUAGCAUAUCAAAGUGGACCUGAGAGUCUUGGAGAAUUCACAAACAAUUUUAGUGUCAAAAGUUCUACAUCCUACGGGGUUCAGACAGAUAAAGUGAUGACUGGGAGUGAUGAAGUCUUGGAGAAAAGAAAAGAUGUAGAUGACAAAAACCAAUCUGAAAAUGUUUUGGAAACCAGGACCCGUUAUCAGUCGUUGUAUCCUGUCAUUGAGGCAACGGACCAAGGAACUGGGCAAAAGUGCAGCUCAGAUCUCAAACAUCACAGUGAAAACGAGAAGAAAGAGAAGGAAGAAUCAAGUGACAACACAGCCAUGAUUAAACACCAAGAAAGUAGAAACGCGCAGAACAUAUUCUCACCAGACAAAGAACGUGUUCCUUCAAAAUCCUUAAAUGAUAAACUAGAAUCUAAUGUUGAUACAGAUGCUUGGAGAAAUGAUGAAUCCAGAAAGGCUCAAACACAUUCUACACCACACUGGAAUAAAAUGCCCCCAUCUUAUCCAAACUGGGGAUAUGAUCAGCCAAUAGGAAUGUUUUCCGAUGGAUUCCAACCCUUUGGGAAUUGGAACAAUAAUUUAACACAAAAUGCUUGGGACCUCCAAGAUGCCAAGGGAAAAGAUUCAUCCAGUGAUAGUCAGUCAAAGAACAAUUUAAUACCAAGGAAUACAGAAGACUCAGAUAUGUUAACAUCCUUGUCACCACCACAAGGAAUAAAUUUACCAGAUCAAAAUCAUUUACUAGAUGCUCAUCUUCAGCCAAGUUGGCCAUCAUCAUCUUUGAUCACAGGAAGAGAGCUCAGAAGUCCAGUGACACCUCAAACGUGGAAAAAUGAACAAGAAAGGCUUCGUGUGGAGACAUCAGAAACCAACACUUUCGGUCAGACAUCGAAGAUAGACGUUUUGCCUGCCAAGAGAGAAAUUCCAUCGACAUCAUCAACAAAACAUAAGAAGAAAUUGUCAAAACAUACUUGUGCAGGAUGUGGCAGAAGAGACUGCGAGGGUCAGUUCAUGAAGCUGAUGAAAGCAAUGACAGUCGCUGCUAAGAAUAACAAUUUCGUCGUUCAUAAUGUAGUUCCAGACGGAAACUGUAUGUUUGCUGCCAUUGUGGACCAACUAGAAAUUAAUGGCGACUGUUCUUUUAGCUCUAAAUCACUCCGACAGGCCUGUGUGGAGCACCUGAAAAAUCACCCCGAGUCUGAUGAUGGUACUCACUAUGAAAUGUUCAUGGAUGGAGAGUCCUGGUCGAAUUAUUUGGAUCGUAUGACCCAAGAGGGACAAUGGGGAGAUCAUCUCAUGUUACAGGCUAUAUCACAAGUAACACAGAGGAACAUAGAAGUUCUACAUGCAGGAGAAAAAGAGGAGAUAACUAAGAUCACGACUGCUCUAGCAAAGGAAGACCAGAGGUGUUUACGAUUGGGGCACGUGGGAGAGUUCCACUACGUCAGUCUACGAGAGGUACCAGAGGGAGAUGUCAGUCAAUUUUCAAGUGAAGAGGAAGAGGAGUCGCUAUAUAGCUUGCCUCUGAACAGUUUAUCGAUAUUUGAAGAUACAAGAAAACGGGACAUGUUUGUCGAGGAUUAUAUUGAUCCGUUUUGUGAUAUACCAUCCCUUCAUUUAUCUUUUCUGCUGAAAAACAUGUUCCCCAUUAAUAUGGUUCUGAAUGAAUCUGACAAUUUCAAGCAUACAGCCAUGUCAAUGGAAUACAAAAAUAACAGCCACGGGAUGCCCGACGACUUAGAAGGAACUGGACAUACAGUAGAAAAUGAAGCAAAAUUUCCAUCGUGGAAGGCCAUUGGAGAAAUAAUUAACGGGCUGCAUAUUGACAAUAUUUUUAGGAAGUGGAAACCCAAAGGUACUGGACAGUCAAAAAAUGACUUGUUAUAUGUUCCAAUGUUAUACGUUUAUAGUCACAUAACUACACAUAGAACAGCAGAACAUUUACAUGACAAUGUCAGAGGAUCCUGUCCAGUGAUUGUAAAAACUGAUGAAACGCACCCAGGAUAUGCAUACCUUAUGACGUACUAUCCGAGGAGCUGGAGUAAAGAAGAUUGCAGUGAAGGUCCCGUUUACGUGCCCAACCACCAUUCCGUUUUCAUUCCCCCUGCCAAUCCAAAAUCUGAAGAAGCAAAGGACAAAGUGUCUUCCACUUAUCCAACGUUUUCGUUGUAUUCCAAAUUAGUACCGUCACUUCACUCCGAGUGGCCAAAGGAAGCUCAAGAGUGGAUUACAAGAAAAAGACCAUCAAAUUGGCCACCUGCUAAUAUCAUCAGCACUAUACAGGGAGAGGGGUGCCAUCUUGUCAGUAAGGCACAUCCUAAUAGUUCAAACUCUGACAUUGAGUUUAAGUUUUGCUUUGGUGUUGCAGAAAGGACACUCUGUAAUGAGGCACUUAGUAGAGAUCAAAGAUAUUGUCUGACGGUGUUCCUGGAACUCUGCAUCUUUGGACUAGAAGGGUGCACUGCAAUUACCAAAAACCACUUAAAGAGAGUAUUUUUCUAUGCUUGUGAAGAACUGCCUGUCGAUUGUUGGGCGUCUAACAUGGGUUCUUGUUUGUUUUAUCUUCUUGAGUCUCUUAUUUCUCAAAUUGAGCAGAAGAAUAUUCCAUGUUAUUUUAUUCGUCAGAACAAUACAAUUGAUCACUUAAGUGAAGAACAAAUAAAUGAAGCUCGAGAAAAAAUCGGUUUGCUACGGGGGAGUCCACUGCAGUAUUUGUUGAACUUAUCUAAAGACAGCGACUAUGGACUGGAAGUCCAGCAAAUGAUAAUGGAGGACAUGGCACAAUUCAAACUUACUCACAAUGUCAGAGAAAGCGUUUUGAAUUGUUUUAUUCCAUAUGCAAUUAAAUUGGCACGGUCAUAUAUACUACGGAGACGCUUCAAGACAGCGAUGGACACAUUACAGACCGCUUACGAGGAUAGAUUAACUGUAGCAACUUGUGACGAUCAGGUGCCUUUUCAGUCGAUCUUCAGUGAAGCUGUCCAAGGAAUUCCAUUUGAUAGCCAAUGGUGGUUCCUUCUGUACUCAGAUGAAAAACUAGGAAUGACCAUGUCAUCAGAUCUGAGUUUAAAUCAACAACCAGUUACUCUUGGAGAGCUAGUGGGCCCCUCCAUUGCUAAAGACUAUGCUAAUCAUCUCAUACCACAGCACAUGGCUUACGAAAGAUGCCAGUUGUACACAAACUUUGCAUGGUUUCUGCUCUCAAAAUACAGAACGCAACAAGCAGUUGAGUAUCUCUCACUAUGCAUCACAACAUACAAAGACAAACUUGACUUAGAGAGUAAUCCUAGUUGCCCACCAGAGAGUCUGGAACAAUACCACGACUUCAAUGAAAGAACAAUGUACAAGGUUUUGGUUUACCUUUAUCAAGCUCUUUAUAGACAAAAGCAAGAGCAUACUUUUGUUCACUACUUUGACGUUGUAAGCAAAGUGUGUGAGAGGUUAGACUGUCGUGAGGCAUACAGCAAAGCAUAUUACAUGGCACAACAGCUGGACGAGCGAUGGGCAAACAUCUGGGCUGAGAAGUGCCGCGUCUGCCAGAGGUCCGAUCCCAGCAUAGACUAUGAUCUUUUUGUUGAUACAAUCCAAAAUCCAGAUUUUUAGGUGCAAACUGUCUGGUCUGAACAUUGAAAUCUUGCAAUGUCUUGAAUAAUGCAAUGACUACAUAUGACACCGUAUCUUCAGUUUCCAAACUGGAAGAACACGUUUUUAUAGAGUACAAUGAAUUUUUUCAUUGGUGCAAAUACAAAGAUUUACAUUCCUCUGCUGAUUUUGUUUUAACUUCACAACUGAUCACAGAGCGGGGUUUUACAUCCCAAACAAUAAACAGUCUUAG